AUGAUGGCACUGUUGUGGAUCCUGCUUGCCCUGAGUGCCUGUGACUCCUUCGCAGAUCUGUGCAGCGGCAAUGGCGUGCCUUCUCAAGGCGACCAUUGCUUUUCAGGCAGCUUGGCCAGGGUGCAGUUGAGGAUGGCCGGCCAGGCCAAGGGCACCCUCGACGUAGAGUUCGUGCAGGCCAAGAAUCAAGCCGAGUGCCAAGGAUUGACUUUCAAUGCGCAGGGCCUUGGGCUUGCCGGCAACGCGAGCCACUGUCCACUAUUGGACAAAUACGAGGCAAAGUACUGCUCGGACCAGGACAAGCUCAUGGUGAAUUUCACGGAAGCAAACCGGAGUGCUGGACUGGUGAACUUCACGAGCGCCGUCCUGGGCAUUGACAUGAAACGUGUCAACUGCAGCAUGCUGUUCCACAACGUGACUCAGGACGCACACGAUGCUGGCAAAGCGGAGCAAGCAAGCGGCAAAAGUCUGAGCCUCCGGGGCAAAAUGGCCAAGACCUCAGCGGGAAGGGUUUGCUGCGAUCACUUCUCCAUGUCGAGGCCCUCGCAGUCCUUCUCUGACGCAAUGAAGGCAAGGGACAGCUGUGAGCAGGCUUACGGACCUUGCUCCCAUCAGUACAUCCACUACCAUAUUGACAACACGCACAUGCUCCACUGCUUCGGCCGCCACUGCUGGGGUCGCUGA